AUGGCGCCCGCGGGGCCCGGGACGUCCCGCGGGGGCGGCGUGGACGCGAUGCUCGCCCAGAUGCGUCGCGAGCUCUCGUGCGAGAUCUGCGGGCAGCUGUUUCGCGACCCGCACACAGUCCCGGGGUGCGGCCACAGCUAUUGCUACGCCUGCAUCAUGGGGUGUAUCCAGGGGGUGGGCGCGAAGCGCGCCGAGUGCCCGGGGUGCAAGCUGCCUGUUUGGAAGAACGACCUCGUGGCGAACAUUCAGUACAAGAACCUCGCGGAGACCUUCGAGGCGACGUUCGGCAGCACAGCGGACAAAGCACACGCGGCGGGAACGCCCUCGCGCGCCGACGCGACCCCGAACGCAGCUGAGGCCGACGCCAUGGACAAGCUCACCAACGACAUGAUGCGGAUGACGCCGUCCGACGCGGAGCCGUGCACCACGCGCGGCGGCGCGGCCGAGGGCGGUUCUCCCGCGUCUGCACCGGCGCCUGUAGGCCCGCCGAAGCUCCCUUCCUUCACGUCCACGAUGCUCAGACAGAUCUACAGCCUGACGGGGGUGGCGCCCGAGGACGGGUUCGAGGCAGAGAUCGACGCCAGGGUCGCGGAAAUCGCCUUGUCCCUCGCGCAGGGAGCGCCAGGCGAGGCCGCGGGUGGCUGGCCGGACGCGGCGGACCAGGCGCUGCUCGCCGACCUCCUCGACGAGGUCGACGCCCUGACGAGGGAGCUCGAGACGCAGACGCACACGCAGGCACCAGCGGAACGCACAGGGCGCGUGCUGCUGCCCGUCGGGCUCACCGACGAGCAGUCCGAGGAGCUCUGCACCGCCGCCAGCCGGCUCGGGGCUCUGUGUUUGCCGCCGGGCGAGGACAAGGACGGCCUGGACUUUUUAGGCCCCGGGGACGUCUCCCACGUCAUCGUGGGGGGCAAAGGGCUGCAACUGAGCGGCACGCUGUGCGAGUCGGGAGAGAUCGCCGCGGCAGUGCGCCGGGCGGCGGGGCGGUUUCCAAGGAGCGACCUGGUGCACGCGGGCUGGGUCGAGGCGUCGCUGGAGCAGGGCGUCUGGCUCGAGGAGGCGCCCUACCGCGUCCCUUGCCGCCGCUCAUAG